AUGCACGGGUCACAGUAUAUAAGACAAAUCUCCAUAAAGCUCAAACAAUAUCUAAAACAGUGUGAAGAAAGCGGCAACUUCGCCCCCUCAGCCGCAAAGAAGACAGUUCUUGAUUGUCUUGUACCUUUGUCAGAGAUUGUUUUAAAAAGCCCCGCCUCCUCUCAUGCUGCGCAGCCAUCUGAUGUGAUCCCAGUGGAAAGCCCAUACAUAUACGCCUUAAUUGCAGAGUAUCUAUGCAGUCAGAAUGCUGUAGACAGCGCGCGCAUCCUUCUGGAGGAGAUUGAUGAGAUGCUUCCUGUGAAAAGCACACACGAGACAGUGUGCAUCCCAACAGUGUAUCUUCCUUGGGCAGAAGAGCUGAAUGCAGUUGCCCCCAGGCUAAUCACAAAAAAGUCCUUAAGCUAUACACAAAUGACAGACAUCAAAAAAAAGUGCCAGAGAAUAAUUAACUCGCACAAGGAGGCAGAAGCACCAACCGAUCCUGUUACAAAGCUCUAUGGUAUUAUAGAGAGCGCGCUGAAAGAAAUGGACAAAUGGGACAACUGUACUGAGCAGCGAAAGGAUGUCUUCCAGCGCGCGAUUAUUGAGAUCAAGGAAUGUUUCUUUGAAGAGAAUGAAACACUGGUCUACUUUGACGGACAUAUAGGCCAUGUGUAUUCAAAGUACACCGCGCAGUAUGAAGAAAUAAAGCAGGUUUUAGGCCUUUUUGUCAUUCCCACCCGCCACAACGAGGUGAAGCAGCUGGUCCAUGCAAAGAGAGCGUGCUUCCCAAAGAGCGGAAUAACCCUUGAAACUUUCUAUCACAUUGGGAAGAAGAUGGAGAAAAUGAACAUCACGCCAUAUGACACGGAGGUGGAAGUUGAGUCAGCAGUUCCUCCCAUUUUGUCUUUUCACUCAACCUUCUUCUGCCCAGUUCUUCGGUCGGAGUGCUCUUUUGACAAUAUGCCGUGUGUACUUACAUGUGGGCACAUAAUAAGCGUAAAGGCUGUUGAAAAAAUUGCGUCUUUCAAAGGUGUUAUUUUUAAGUGUCCUUACUGUCCAAAGGAUGUGAAUGUUAAGGAUGUUUUUAAGAUAAAGAUGACCAUCUAG